AUGAAUUUUAUUAUUUGGAACAGUAGAGGUGCCCUGAAGCCUAAUUUUCAGGGACAUAUCCGUAAUUUAGUCCAAGAGCAUAAUCCGGCCAUCCUUAUGGUUAUGGAGACAAAAUUGGGAGGUGAUAGAGCUAAGGCAAUGACUGACAGGAUGCCUUUUGAUGGUGCCAUUCACACAAAUACCAUCGGAUACUUUGGUGGUUUGUGGCUUCUUUGGAAUUCUGAUUUUGUGGAGGUGGAACUGCUUGCGAAGACAGAGCAGGAAAUUCACAUUGAAGUUCAGGUACGAAACUCUAGACUCAAUUGGUUAUUUUCUACUAUCUAUGCCAGCCCUAGGAGUGAGGAAAGAAGUAUUUCAUGGGAUAAUUUAGCUAAAGUUGCAGAAUUACAUAAGUUGUCGUGGGUUAUGGCUGGAGAUUUUAAUGAGCCGUUAAUUGAUGAGGACAAAUUUGGGGGUAGAGGUGUUAACAUCAAUCGUUCUCUGGCUUUUAAAGAUUGCCUUGAUAGAUGUAGUAUGGUGGAUAUGGGUUUUUUGGGUCCUAGAUAUACUUGGACCAACAAGAGAGACAUCAGUAAUUUGAUUCUUGAAAGGAUUGACAGAUUUUUCAUGAACCCAGAGUGGUGCGUCAUGUAUCCUAAUGCUAGAGUAACCCACCUCCCUAGGUGUCACUCUGAUCAUUGCCAUGUUCUCAUGGAAGCUCUACCAGUCAGUACAGUCAAGCUUAACAGGCCGUUUAGGUUUCAAGAAUUUUGGCCUUCCGACAUAUCCUUUCCCACCAUUGUGUCCAAAGCUUGGAAUGGAAAUAGGGAGUUAGAGGAGUCCAUUGAUUAG